CCCGAAGGGUUAACAUGCCUGGUUACAAUGGAAGAUAUCUCUACGGACCUGGGAAAUUAUGUCGAGUACCAAUCCUAUCCCAGCAUGAAAUGGCAACCCGCGUUGUUUGAAAAAGAGGUCAUUGAAAAUUUGCUGGAUACACAGUUUUAUGAUUACGUCAAACGUGCGAGAACGACCGAUUGUCAGGCAGAGCUGCGCCGAUUGCUGGAGUCCGGUCCACCCCAAUGGAUUUCUGAUCCACACGGUCUACCGCUGGCGGAGGAGACUGAUACACACGUGUGCCAAUUGUGGUACUCCAGUGAUUACAGGCUGAAAGGGGCUAGAUUGGACGGAUCCUACGAUGGGGAAGAACGACAACAACUAUGGGACGAAUUGAAACAGUUCAUUGUUGUGGAGGGAAAAGAAGAG